GCCGGCGAAAUUAUUUUGCGUGUCUUUGAAAUGUUGCAAUGCCUUACAUUUCUAUAUUCCUUUCCGGGUUCGUGGGUCGAUCAUGUUCUGCUUCGCGGUGUUCCGCUCCCGCUACAAGGCGAAGGGAAACAGUUUCGCUGACGUUCCCAAGGUGAUCGGCCCCUCGGGCGCGCAAUGCGAGAAGUUCAAGCGCUACCGCAGGGUUCUCAGUCCUCGAUUGAGAAAGGCGCCAGGGGAGCAGCGCGCGCCACCUCCGCCGAGAACGCAUCGUGGCGUGGCCGACCCGUGGGCGGUGGUGCUAUCGUGCAGUUUGUUUGGAUGUCGUUGGGCCAGUCUGUGCAAUCGAAACGGGUAUUGGGUGGUCUGGAUCUGUUUCAGGUUGCGGUGUCAGAAUUUCUUGUGAAGUUACCGGACAUGCAGUCGUUACUUGACGCGUGCGCGCGGCGUCGACGCCAGCACCAACGCCAGCACCGACGAUGUCAUUGUCCUCCGCCACCGGCGAUCCACACUUGCAGAACAUGUUCGGUCAGCGGUUCGAUUUGGUGAGGCCAGGCAAAGCUGUCUUGGUCAGCGUUCCGCGCGGAACGCCCGUCGAGGAUGCGCUGCUUGUUGUAGAGGCCGACGCGCGUCGACUGGGGACACACUGCUCGGACAUGUACUUCCAGGAGAUCAACGCCACAGGGACGUGGGCGAACAAGGUGCGGCCUGGAGGCUUUCACUUCGACGCUCACGACGCGCGUGACGAGACGCCGAAGUGGCUGAAACUCGGGCUUGUGGAGCUCAAAGUCGGCAGCGGUCACACCGACAAGGGGCAGCCGUAUCUGAACGUCUACGUCAAGAACCUUCAGCGCACUGGGUAUCGUGUCGGAGGGCUGUUGGGAGAGGAUGACCACACGGAGGCGGCGGCGCCUGAGAAAGGGUGCCAGAAGAUGUUGUCCCUCGAGGCGCGGUUGUAUGGUCAAGCUUCGGAUCUAAAGGGUUCCGUCGCAAUUGGCUACUGAGCCGAGGGCUCCCAGCUCCGCGCGGGGCGGUCGAGCCCCCUGCCCGCCCGCAAGGGGUGAAUUGGUGUGUCCCGCCGACAUUUACGUCGAAUUCCAGAGACCUAUAGGGAUCUGCGACGACAGAGCGUACAUAUGUACAGUGUCCUGCUGUGACAGAGCGCAUCCUCUCUUUCUCCUGUUCUUCCCCUGCGGUCUCCUCCUCGCCCUCCUCCCUAGCGUGCUGCCGCUUGUUUGAAUCGAUGUCAAGCGUGUGCGCGCCUCGACUCCGUGGAACCGCGUUCGGCCGUCUCCGUUGCAAAAAAAAACAUGGUACGAGCGACGUGCCCAGGCCACACGAAGGGAGUAUCUCACAUGGCGGUUCCGAGCUGGAACCACGUGUUCUCACGUGUCCAGGCCACCCAGGGGGAGAUCUAACAUGGUGGUCCCGAGCUGGAACCAUGUGUUUUCACGUGUCCAGGCCACACAGGUGGGUAUCUAACAUGGUGACCUGGCCACCCAGGGGGUAUCUAACAUGGUGGUCCCGAGCUGGAGCCAAGUGUUUUCACGUGUCCAGGCCGCCCAGGGGG